CAUACAUACUUAUUUUGUGAAGGAUUUUUCGGGAGGAUUUUGGUGAUUUUAAGGAGUUAGGGGUGUUAGCAUUGUUUUAAGAGCGUAUGAUGCGUCAGAAAGUGUUUUGAGUGGGGAACAGAGUGUGCUGCAAUAAUCGAGAGAUCAUAUUUGUUCCUAUUCAUUGUGAUUAUCGAUUGUUUGGGUUGGUGUAGGGAUUGUGCCCUCUGGUGCCGAUCGUAAUAUGCUAGAUGGAGUUGAUUUUUUUGUUUAGUUUUCUUUUCUUUUAGGUUUUUAAACAAUAAAUUCAAAUGAGAUUGAGGGCGUUCUCGCCGGCUGCAUUGAAGGGCGUAGUACUCUUUGUGUUAUACACAAACUUUGCAGCGAAAUCUCUAGGCUCAAAGAUGUUUUCUGGUGUUUUAGGGGUUUUCUCUGAUUUUGAAAUUGAACUUAACAAAGUUUAUUUUUCAUUCUUCCGCUGAAACGUAGCUCAUUAUGACAAAUGUUAAUUAUUUAGCCUUAGUUUAUCCGUAAUUGAUCGUCAAUCUUCCUUGUUCAUCAGCUGCAGUACUAGCAAUAGCAUCAUUCACUGUGAGCAGACUCACGUCAAUGGCUUAUCGUUCUGGAAAAUGUAGAUUCGAUAGAGUUUAUUUGUAUUGCUAUACGCUUGAGCCGAAUGACUGCGCCUGUGAUUAGUUAGCCUCUCGGGGAGCAUUCUAAGUAGUUCAAAUGGAAUAAAGAAGUACUUGGAUAUGAGAAUCCGCAGGCACUAGAGUUUGGAAGCGCGGUUUCCACUCGAUUUUGUGAUGUGAAGACUUAACAUCAUUUGGGCAUGGACAUGCCAGAAGACUAGUAACUGCACUUGAAAUCGUGCUGUUCAGCUAUAAUAUGUAUUCCCGUGGAUUUUGGAUCUUUAUCACAACAUCUCAUAAGCAGCUGUGUACCAGUCGAUCUUUGUUUACGGGAUUUGAUAAUCAUUAGUCAGUCAUGUUAGUGAAAAAAUGAAACAAACUUUAGGGUUCUGUCUGCUCCUAAAGCUUCCAUUGAUAACAUCCUCCGAACUUAAUCUGGUGCAGCACUGGCUUUGUGUAAGCUGGAGACUUGAAGACUAGGAUAUGGAAGAUUCGAUCAACAGCACAAACAAACACCUGGCAGGAAGGUCAUGGAAGUAAGGCAAUUUGCACCUACACAGAGCGGGUGCAGAACAUGACUUCGUAGUCGCAAGAUCCUCCAAGCAUUAUUCAAUAUAACUACAUGCAAUCUGAAGUCGCCUUGCACCUGGUGCAAGUUUUUUGAUAUGACCUGCUGUUGUCGGACCGUUAAUUUGUAGACAUGGAAGCGCAGUCUACUCAAGCCAAUGAGCCGGUCGAUGACGGUGGAUUUAGGGUUUCUGAAGAUAUGGUAGGUCGGGUUAAGGGAACUGGCAGGCCUGACCUGGAUGAAGAUGAAGAUGAUGAUGUCAAUGAUGUGUCUGAGCAAGGAAGCGUUCUAUCUGAUUUUGAAGAGGAGGAUGACAUAAACGAGGUUGUGGUUGGGUCCAUGCCCCUGGUUAUCCCUACAGCAGUAGAGAAUAAUAAGAGUCCUCGUUUGUUAGGUAGCAGUAUAAAAGACUCCCUUGUAGAAGUUCAGGGAAAUACAAAAGUGGAUCUCUCGUUUGGAGAGGGACGACUUAGUUUGGAGCAUUCUGUAGACGGAGAUUUUAUUUCGCCAAUUGUUUCUAGCACGCUCACAGGGGAGGAGAGUAGCCAGCACUUGAAAACGAUUUCCAAAACGGACUAUCUCAGCGAAAGUUAUAAGGAUGGCCUUUCUGAACCAGGAUCAGAUUCAGAAGUCCAUUUCGAGCAGCAAUUAGACAAUCAUACAAAGGAACCGAAUGGAGGAGAGCCACUAAAUUUAGAGCAUCCUGCACAUGGAGAUUCUUUUUCUCCAAUUGCUCCUAGUAAGCUUGCAGAGGGGAAAGUAGAGGAAAACAAUCCACCUUUGCAAAUGUUCUCUAAAACAUACUAUCUCAGUGAAAGUGAUGAGGAUGUUCUUUUCGGCCCUACACCAGAUCUGAGGGUGCUUUUUAAGGAAACAUCGGGUGUGCCCAUGGAUACUGUGAGCACAUCUGUUACUAAGGACAACGUUCCCCAAUCUGGAGAAGGAGCACCUCAAGCUAUACCCUCUCCGAAGCUUGAUCAUGUUGAUGCCGUGACGUUAAGGACUGGCGGUCCGGAAGUUGACAGCAUGUCUUCAGUGAAACGUGAUGUGAACGAGACCACCAGAAAGAAAGGGACAAUCAUGCGGUUGGGGUCGAAGGAAGCAGAAGAACUAUUGCAAUUGGACCUCUCGAAAGCGGGGAGAGCUAUUUUUCCUUCUGUCAAAAAGUCACCGAAAACAAAUAGUGUUGGUUGGGGAGUUGAUGACCUUGGGCCUGAUGAGCUCUCAAGAUAUGUCGAGACUCCAGAAGUGAAGGAAACGUAUUUGGAUACCGUUCUCGAUAUGGAAGACGUGCUGCUUGAAUCCGAUGACAACCGCCGGCCAAGCAAAAAUAUGUUCACAAAUCCCAAGCAAAAAAUUGAGCGGGACGGCAGCCUUACUGCGUCUACUUCAGGAAUUUCUUGGGGUUUGGGUAACAGGAACUCUCAGCUCGCUACAAACCAUCUUGUAGAGGUUGCCUGGGUUGAAGUCGUUGGAGCCAGACAAAGAAGAGGUGGAGCUUCAUUUAGCGAACGAGUUGUAGGCGUGCAAGAGCAUACAGUGUACCGAAUGCUCGUACGAGGUACUGAUGGUCAAGAAUGGGAAAUUGAGCGCCGCUACCGCGAUUUUGUGUUUUUAUAUCAGCAACUGAACCGCACUUUUCCAGCAGAAAGCACCGUCUCUCUCCCUACUCCCUGGGACAGAGUAAGAGCCGAGUCUCGUAAACUUUUCGGUAACACUUCACCCAACGUUGUUGAAGUUCGAAGUGCCCUCAUUCAAGUUUGUUUGCAAUCACUUCUCCAAGCAGGUCCCCCUCUUAGUACAGCUUCUCCAUUCCUCCGUUUUUUGUUUCCUACCACGUGGAGUGUAACGCAAAGCACGAUACUUCCGAGGGCUAGUAGUGAGAAUUUAAGGACCAGCGGUUCUGGUCUUUCGCUGGACGAGUUUGGCUCCGAGCCAGGAUUCUCGCCCAGGUCUGAUACAACUAGUGUGGUUGCGGAUGGGGGUACGCCUAGCUCUCAAUCUGUAUUUGGAAAAACUAUUCGUUUGAGGCUUGAAGUGCACAAAAAGAAACCAUUGGCGCAGCAAAUGCAGUCACAGCAUCACUCAUGUGCCGGCUGUUACAGGCCGCUUACCUUCGCUGUGGGGUUUAUUCCUGGGCUUGCACAAAGCUUAGGACUUAGCGGGCCUCGAUGGUGCGAGUACAGCGGGCAAUUAUACUGUUCUUCGUGUCAUCUCAAUGAGACAGCCGUUAUCCCAGCUUAUGCGGUGCAGCACUGGGACUUUGGACUUCGUCCAGUUUCACAGUUGGCAAAAGCAUAUCUUGACUCUAUUUAUGACAAGCCAAUGUUGUGUGUUAGUGCUGUGAAUCCGUACUUAUACUUUAGAGUCCCGAUUUUGGUGCAUUUACGAGAAACAAGAAAGCGACUUAGCAGGAUGCUGGCCUGUAUCCGAUGCCCUUCAAGAUCUCGAAUUCAAGGCAUGGUGGGCUCAAGGCGGUACCUUUUGGAGAGUAACGAUUUUUACGCCUUGCGGGAUUUGACUGAUCUUUCCAAGGGUGCCUUCGCUGGAUUACCUACCUACAUGAAUACACUUCUAGAGAAGCUUACAGUUCACAUAAAGUGCGAAUGUUCUAUUUGUCACGAAAUGGGCGAACCCUGUGGUGCGGGAAAAUUUUGUAGAGAUCCUCUUGAUAUCAUCUUUCCGUUCCAGGAUGAUGGCGUGGUGAGAUGUCUCAUAUGCCAGUUGCCUUUCCACAAGCUUUGCUUCAGGCUUAUAAAGAUUUGUCCUUCAUGUAGUGGAGAAUCGUCUCUCGACAUUGCCGAGAUGAGCCAGGCUCAACAAACCUCCAUCUCCGACGCAAGUAACAGCGCCUCUUCUCUAAAGACCACUCCAGAUGCUCUUGCUCCAGAUGCUAGUGUGCAAGCUGAUAGGCAAUCCAAGAUUAAGGUGCCUAAUUUCUUGUCAGGUAUUUUGAAAUCCAAGGAUAGCAAUAGUAGCAGAGAAGCAAUUCCCGAUCGGCAGGACUCGAUAGUUUUGGACAUGAUAUCAGGUCCACUUGAGCUCUAAUGAGAUGAGGACCCCUCAACCGCAUUUUAUGAGUGAUUGGAAAGAUGCAAGCAAUCGUCACAGAUAGGUAGAACUCGGUGUGUUUGAAUACACUGAGAUAUACAAGCCAUGGGAGGGUCAGCAGCACUGUCAACAACUACCCAUUGAUCUGAACAGGUCAUGAGGUUCAUUGAAUACUUAAGAUACAAUGUCAGUUUAAGGUGUUUCAAAGGAUGAGACUCCAGGGUUGGGUAGCUUUCAGCCUCGGAUAUCCACCCGGAUGUAAAUUGUUACUAUGAUCUUGAGAGUCAGUAAUAAGUUCUAAUUCCCAGAUUUUCAGAAAUUAUAUCUUCUGAAA